AUGAGCCAACAAACCAUCAUCCUCCCCCCGGGACCUCUAGUGCUCGUGCAUAAAGGGUGGCAACAUGGUCCUAAAGGCUCGGCGGAUGGCCUACAUCAAUUCCAUGCUGGCAAAUCAAGAAGAUCAUUCGACGCUUCGAUCCCUGUUGCGAAGCCAUUGUUGAGCAAAAGUGCUACGAAACGAGUUCGUGAAGAACGUCCUAGACCGCAGACCACCCCAGGCGCAGCUCCCGGGCGAACUCAAGACUGGCUGUUCGUCGAUGCUACGGAGCCUCUUCGAAAACGAGACCCCGGGGUACAAAAGCUCGUUCGACGCCACGUCAUGAAGGAUUACUAUGGAGACCCCGAAGCACGUGAGAAAGCGAAAAGGCCCCGGAUCAAAUCACCCACCUCGUCAGCCGGUGUUGCUUCAGUGCUAGAAAGGGAUCAUAGAGCAAUGCUAAAGGAAUCCUUAUUUUCCAAGAAUCCUCCAGGAUCUGCUACUUCUUUAUACGGAGGCGGACUACCGUUUGCCAUAAAGCCUUAUUUCCACAAACUGAUGAAUUUUUAUAUUUCUCAGAUAGCUCGUGUUCUUUACCCCUUACAGGACAACAUGAUAUUCAAUCCGGCACACAAGUUUUGGUUUCCUUUAGCUCUCACCGAUGAAGCUCUCUUCCGCGCCUUACUCUACGUGUCCGCACUCGGCUUGACAACGCUUCCUGGAUCAAAAGCCUCGGCAUCCGAUGACCCGACUGGCUUGACAAGACCGCUUUUUGGCCUUCUCAGUCAAAGAUUAAAUGACCUCUCAAAGGUUUCUGAUGCCACGAUCGGGGCGAUCUCAUGUCUCGCAAUGGUGGCGACGAUGUACGGUAAGAAAGACGAAUGGAGCAUGCACUUAAAGGGAAUGGCAGAAAUGAUCCGAAUCAAGGGAGGCCUCUCGGCGAUCCCCGAAUCACUGCAAAAUAAGUUGUGUCGAGCCGACGUCGAAGGGGCUACCGAUACACUUUCAAUGCCAUAUUUGGAGCCGUUGACCAGAACUCAACCUGCAAUCUCCUCGAUCUUACCGCCUAUCGAAGUACCGCCACCAAGCACUGACUUUCUGCAUAUUCUCGCUUUCACCAAUCUAGACCUACCACUGCUCAACAUCUUCGUUGAUAUCUCGCGCUUCAUGGAGACCUUGAAUUACGCUAUCGAUAGAUCAGAGAUCUCAAUUCAUCCGCGAGCUUUCGACGAAGACGCGGUCUUGAUCCAGUACGACUUACUUCACCUCCCUGAGUACGAUAAGUCUGGCACACUGGAGGCAUGUCGCCUGGGGGCCUUGCUAUGCAUCAAGUCUCUCACAAGGGCCACUCCCUUUGCGCCGGGAUCGUCUGCCACCAUUGUUAGCAAGCUUAAAUCAGCGCUCGAAGGUGCUCCUGCCAGUGACAGACUAUCCUACUUGGAUCUCUGGCUGCUCUAUACUGGAGGUAUUGCCUCUCAGGGGACUCCGGAGCGGGCUUGGUUCACGUACAAGCUCGCCGAGCUUUCUCAGCUAGAGCCGGAGCUCUCGUCUUGGAUCAGCGUCAGGAAUGUGCUUCGGAGCUCCCUUUGGGUUGAGUCGAUUCAUGAUGGUCCUUGUAGGCAGCUGUGGGCCGAUGUCAACGACUUUCGGGUGACGAAUGAUUGA